AUGGCAUUGACCUGUACCGAUAUCUUUAAAUUAUUCUUCGCUAUCAUCUUACCACCUUUGGGUGUGUUUAUGGAAAGAGGAUGUUCUAGUUCGUUGUUUAUUAAUAUCCUUUUGACGUGUUUGGGUUAUAUUCCUGGAAUCAUCCACGCAGUGUAUAUUAUAAUGCGGUACUGA